AUGACACCACAAGUCCGCGCGAUUUCGUUUAGUAAUACAAAUAUUGACAAGGGCAGCAAGGCCAAAAGGCACGUCAGCUUCUGGCACCCGCAGCCGAACGAUAACAGGCGCCCGCUAGGUAGCUUCUGCAUCGACAACUACGACCCAAUUGACGGCAGGUAUACCGCGCUGCUGAUUGGAGCGGUUGAUACUUCGCCGGGAAACAACUCGGUCGUUGCCAGUCCGACGGGCUACGCCCAAGUCUGGGUCGACAAGGGCAGCAGCGCGGAGCAGAAAGGAUCCCUCUGGCGGCCUGUACCGCCAAGCGGCUAUGUGGUGCUAGGCCACGUCACCGCUGCCGGCUACGACGCGCCCAGUACCGACAAGAUUUGGUGUCUGCGAGAGGAUCUCGUGAUUCAGCAGCACCUUGCCGCGCUGAAGACGAGACAGCAUGAGCUCGGCUACACUGUGCUCACAAUUCAGUGCAGCCGCGGUGUUAAGUCGUCAAAGCGACCUGAAGUUUACAGUCGUUGUAUGAAGUUCUUCAAUGGAGUUUAA